AUGGAAAGUCAUCGGGGCCGACCAAACUCCUACCCCUUGCCAGAGAUUGAGAUUGUUCAAAAACCUGCCCCAAAUUGUGAAAAGACCACAGGCAGCCUUAAAGUGCCAUUCGAAGAUCUCUACAUGAGGUCGAAACAGCCGAAUGAAACCGACCUCGUUAUGACCACCGGCGCCAUGGAACGUUUGGCAAUGUUCGUUUGGAAUAAUCAGUUUGGCGAUGUGUGA